AUGUCAAACUUCCAGAAUAUCACAUCUACGUCCAUCACUUUCCUGCUAACUGGUGUUCCUGGGCUGGAAGUCUUCCACACCUGGAUCUCCAUUCCUUUCUGCUUUCUCUACAUAACCGCCCUCUCAGGAAAUAGCCUGAUUCUCUUUGCCAUUGUCACUCAGCCCAGCCUCCACGAACCCAUGUAUGAUUUCCUCUCCAUGCUGUCCACCACUGACCUCGGCCUGUCCAUAUCUACCCUGGUCACCAUGUUGGGUAUAUUCUGGUUUGAUGCCAGGGAGAUCAGCUUUAAUGCCUUCUUGUCACAGAUGUUCUAUAUUAAACUCUUCACUGUCAUGGAAUCUUCAGUGUUGUUGGCCAUGACCUUUGAUCAUUUUGUGGCCAUCUCUAAUCCACUCAGGUAUGCCACCAUUUUAACUGAUUCCAGAAUAGCUCAAAGUGGAGUGGCAACUGUCAUCAGGGGGACACUAAUGCUAACACCAAUGGUAGCACUUCUUAAAAGACUGUCCUUCUGCCACAGCCAUGUGCGCCACCACUCCUACUCCUACUGCUUCCACCCUGAUGUAAUGAAGCUCUCGUGCACAGACACUAGGAUCAACAAUGCAGUUGGGCUGACUACCAUGAUCUCUACUGUUGGUGUUGACUCAAUCCUCAUCCUCCUUUCUUACAUUUUGAUUAUUAAGACUGUCCUCAGCAUUGCAUCCCCAGAAGAGAGGAAGAAAGCCUUCAGCACAUGUAUUUCCCAUAUUGGGACUGUUGCUAUUUUCUAUUUUCCAUUGAUCAGUCUGUCCUUUGUUCACAGAUUUGGGAAAUGAGCCCCAGCCUAUGUUCAUACAAUGAUUGCUAACACCUACCUCCUGAUCCCUCCUGUAAUGAACUCCUUCAUCUAUAGUGUGAAGACCAAACAGAUACACAGAGCUAUGAUAAAAAUUCUCCAUUCCAAAGAUACAUAGAAUCAUAGAAUUCUAGUGGUCUACGUUAUGAUUUUAAAAACAAAACUUGUGAUCAUGAAACAAAAAUUUAAAAUUAAAUCUGGAAUAUAUGUAAAACAUCAGCUACCUUGACCCUUUAUUUUACAGAUGAGGAGACAGAGACUUGAAGAUAGAAGGGAUGAAUGGUGUAAAGUCCUAAGUCUAGAAUUUCUCCCACCCACCACUGUUUGUUCUAAACUGUUUAUCCUGCCAACAGACUAUAUCUUCUUACUUGGUCCUCUUUAUAGCAGUUAGAAUGACACAUUAUGAGAAAGCCACUCCUUUAUGAGAAAUAGGUAGUAUUUUCUUAACUGUAAUAAUAAUUUUUACUA